AUGUACAUCCGCCCACCGCAGAUAUAUAAAGCCACGCGCCUUACCGUGCGGCCGGACACGUCGGCUGCCACGACAGCAGCCGCCGACGCGCCGGUUGCUGACCUGGAGGUCGUGGCAAAGAUCUCCUCCGUCAUCAAGGAGAUUCGGCCGAAGCGCGGAUUCCCCGCCGCCGCGCCGCCCGCCCGCGCAGCUCAAAGUGCAGCGCCAGCUUCCGCGGGAGCGCAAGCAGGCGAUUCCGCAGGCGGGGAGGGCAGCGCAAACUACUUAGGCGUUUCAGGGCUCGAUCCGGAGGUUUUAGCGCUGCUAGAAGGGGACGGGGGAGAGGGGGAAGCGGGGGAGGGGGAGGAGGGGGAAGAUGUUUUCGGGGAGCUAGAAGAUGACUUUGUUUUGCUGGCGACGGCGGGGGGGGAGGAGGAGGAGGAGGAGGCGGAGGAGGCGGAAGAUGCGGAAGGUAGGUUGAACGAGGCAGCGGGGGAAGGGGAAAGUGUGAGGUUGGCGGAAGAAGCUUCCGGUGUGGGUGCGGCAGGGGACACGGUCAUUGCGCCAGGCGUGGAAAGCUUAACAAGCGGGGUUGAGGGUUCGGGGGUUAAAGGAGAAAGCUGGAAGCUUGGCGGGGAAGCGGCGGUGGGCGCGGAGGCGCAGCGGAGGGAAGCAGCGGUGGGCGGGGAGGAAAUGCGGCGGAGGGCGGAAGAGGAGGCUAAGAGCCGCGCUCAGGCGGAGGAGAACCUGAGAGCGCUGGAGGAACAAGUGAUGCUGCUGGCUGAGCGGGAAUACGCGGAUGCUGACGUGGACGACUUCUCAGAUGACGAGGACGGGGACCACCGGGGCGGCGGAGGGGGGUCCGCAGCGGGGCAUGCGGAUAUUUCCAUGUUCAGCAACGUGCUGGACGACUUCCUGGAAGCUUCCCGGCGGGAGAGCCUGCUGGAGCUGCAGAGGGGGGGCGCGGUUGUGCGGAUGGGGAAGGGGGAGGGCGGGGGAAAAGGGGAGAGCGGGGAGAGGGGAGAUAGUGGGGGAGCAAAGGAGGUGAAGGAGGGGGGCGAAGAGAAUGGAGAGGAAGAAAUUGUGGCUAUUCCUAUUGUGCCUGGUGGGGGAGAUAGGGUUGGGAAGGGAGGGGACACGAAAGAGGAAGAAGAGGAAGAGGAGGAGGAGGAAGAGGAGGAAGAGGAAGAGGUGGAAUAUAUUUCGGAGGAGGAGGGCGAGGAGAGGGAGAGGGGCAAGUGGGACUGCGAGUCGAUAGUCUCUACCUACUCAAACCUAGACAACCACCCUGCACGAAUCUCCGCCCCUUCCAAUCCCCGCAGAAAGGGGAGCAGAGCGGGAGAGGCGGCGGCGGGAGGAGGGGGAGUGGCCGGGGGGGGUGGUGGGAGGAUUGGGGUGGAGGAGAUUAGAUUGAAGGGGAGAGCGCAGCUGCCUGCUGGGUUUGUGCCGGGGAGAGUGGGGAGAGUGGGGAGAGAGGGGAGGGAGGGGGAGGAGGAGGGGAGAGGGAGUGGCACGGGGGGUGGGUUGCAGGGGAUUGGGGAGGAUGAGGAAGGGGCGGGGGAGGGAGGGGGGGGUGUUGUGUUUGUGCGGCCGAGAGGGAAGGAGAAGGAGACGCCUGAAGAGAAGAAAGCACGCAAGCCAACCACUCUGGGUUACCCAUCGCUUCUCACUCAACCUCUUUCCACCGCAUCCAACCUCUAUCUGCCACAUCUUGUGCAGGAAGCUGUGAAGGCUCAGAAGCGGGCGGCGAGGGAGGCGAAGAAGCAGACAAAAGAGAUGUACAAAGUGGAGGGCAAGAAGGCUCAAAAGGGUGCGGCAUCCACUGUUGCACAAGGCAUACAUUUACUGUAG